UUAUGACGAGUUUAGCCGAAACUAAGCUAUAAUAUAAAAGAGUCCUCAGGAUUUGCGAAGGCCACUGAGGAUGGACAUUGAUGGCAUGAAGAUUUCUGUUGGAAGCUAGGGUAUCGCCUAGUCAUGCACAGCCGACUCGAGCACCCCUUUGUUAUUUUGAACGAAGAAUCCAUGUGGCUUACUGAUUUGUUCAGAAUUAGCCAGAGUUGAGGCAGAAUUUGAAUUGGACGCAACAAAUACAAAUUUUUUGUUUAAUAUAUUAAUGUUUUACGUAAAUUUCGGUUUCUUUUUACUGGCGAUUGCCGCGUGGCAAAUUAAAAUGACGCUCUCUGUGAAUUUGUACGUAGCAACGAAAGGAAACCUGGCCUAUAAUAAUAAUACCCGAAAACCUGAUCCACCUUUGGCUGGCAACAAUCAGGCAAAAGACAUGAAUCUAUUCGGAUUUAAAAGUCAAGAGCUUCCAAAGCUAAGCACAGAAUUACUGCAGAUGACUGCAAAUACCAAAGCAGCAAAUAGCACAGAUACCAGUUCCAUCACAGUAAAGCCAGACAGUAGCACUACUAGCCAGGAAUCACCAGAUUACAAAGUAUCAAUACCUAAUUUCAAAAAGGACCACAAGGGCAACUGGGUUUAUCAGAUUUGGGGCGUUACCUUUGGUAAUGUAUGGCAGGAUACGCGCUUUCGAAUGUAUAAAGCAGUUACGCUUGAGCGUAUUAAAGUCGAUUCAGAAGCAAUCAUGGCUUAUUAUCCCUUAGGAACCCUUGGGACCGCGUGUGUGGGCAAGACAACAAUUUAUAAUUUUCCCAAGGUUAAGGACUACUUACAUCAGGUGAAAAGAGCUGAGGAACACAAACAUAGACCCAUCUGGAAGGAACUCAGGCGACAGAUCUAUUUACAGGGCAGGUCCGAGGAGUGCCAUACGAAAGAAUUUAAACACUGGAGGACAUUUGUGGAGUGCCAACUAAGACGUAACAUGCGAAUGGAAUAUUUGAUACCGAAAUAUCCAUUACAUCAACUGCAGUAAUUCUAAGCUUUGAUCGUGGGCUGCCCCGACAAAUCCUUGAUCACGAAAUCAGUGGGACAGCCAGCGAACAUUUUAUUUAGUCACAUAGAAAUGGCCCGUAUCGUAAGCUCGGCCCACAACGCGUAUUUCCAUUCAUAGCCAGACAGAUAUAAGCAGAGAGAAUAUCAGAGAGACCGAGAAAGAGAUGUUUGUAAUAUUA